AUGCACCAAGAUGACUUCCCAACCCCUGGCUGGAAGGAGCGCUUUCCAGAGCCCAUCAAAUUCUUGCCCGUGAUCUUCAUCCUUGGCAUCAUUGGCGGACUGUAUUGGAUUUACUUGACUUGCCACUUACUUCCCAGACUGCAGGAAAGUAAGACGACCACCACAGCGGCCUGGGAGUUCGCAGCUUUCCAUGCCGUCACCCUGAUGCUUCUGGUGUGCUACUUCCUGAGCGUCUUCGUCCAUCCCGGGACAAUCCCCGACAAGGAGGAGGACCCUUCCUGGGAGUACGAUGGCUCCGAGGAUCCCCAACCCAUCGCCGUGGAUACGGCUCUGCACAUCAGACAGGAGCAGAAGCGCUCUGGGGAGCGACGGAAGUGUAAGUGGUGCCUGAAGUACAAGCCUGAUCGGACCCAUCACUGUCGGGUUUGCCGAAUGUGCAUCCUGAAGAUGGACCAUCACUGCCCCUGGAUAUAUAACUGUGUGGGCUUCAGGAACUACAAAUACUUCUUCCUGCUCCUGGUGUACACCAACAUAGACUGCGUUCUCGUCGUUUCGACCAUGCUUCCAUCUGUAAGGGCCGGCACACAGCCGACGACUCCCUUCAUGACGAUGUUUCUCUUGAUCUUCGGAGAGACCUUGGCAGGAUUCCUCUGUGUCCUAGUCACCAUGUUUUUGGGCUUCCACAUCUACUUGAUGCUGCAGGCGAUGACCACCAUCGAAUUCUGCGAGAAGUCAACCCGAGGCGGUUUCCGCGCCUCCAUCUACGACCGAGGUUUCGUCGGCAACAUCUGCGCUGUUCUCGGAGACAAUCCGCUUCUGUGGAUGCUGCCAAUGGCCCCGCCCAAGGGGCGUGGUCUCACCUUCGUGACAGAAGACACGCGACUCACGCAGGACAUGGAAGCAGGACGUGGCCUCCGACGGAGGGCGCAUGAAGCCAAGGAGGCCGCCCACAUCGCCCCAAAGCGUCGUACGGACAGGCCCUACAGCACCGGUGGCACAGGCUCAACGGGACAGUCCGAAGAGGAUUCGCAAUCGGGAUCCGGAUCUGAAGAGGUACCUAGGGCUGUUGCCGACGUCGGCUCCAGCCGCGAUCGCCCGGCGCGUGCCAGUGCAGCCGAGACGGGCAGCUAUGGUGCAACCGCCGUCGGUGAGGAGAGGGUUUUGCGAGCCUCGAAAGGUAGUAUUCUUGCUCCGGUAAUGACAUCAAGAUGA